AUGUCUGAGACAUAUGACUUCCUCUUCAAGUUUUUGGUUAUUGGCAGCGCUGGUGCAGGAAAGUCGUGUCUUCUGCAUCAGUUCAUUGAGAACAAAUUCAAGCAGGACUCGAACCACACGAUUGGAGUGGAGUUUGGCUCCAGGGUAGUAAAUGUUGGAGGAAAGACUGUAAAACUACAAAUAUGGGACACCGCAGGGCAGGAGCGCUUUCGUUCUGUGACGCGCAGCUACUACAGAGGCGCAGCUGGAGCUCUGCUGGUCUACGACAUCACUAGCCGCGAAACCUAUAACGCUUUGACCAACUGGCUGACCGAUGCGCGCACAUUGGCGAGCCCCAACAUAGUCAUCAUCUUAUGCGGCAAUAAGAAAGACCUGGACGCGGACAGAGAGGUGACCUUCCUCGAGGCUUCUCGCUUCGCACAGGAAAAUGAACUGAUUUUCUUGGAGACGAGUGCUUUGACCGGAGAAAACGUGGAGGAAGGCUUUUUGAAAUGCGCCCGCUCCAUUCUAAACAAGAUAGAUUCAGGCGAGUUAGACCCAGAAAGGAUGGGAUCAGCAGUGCAGUUGCUAGAGAAAGGAGGACUUACGUUUCUUACCCCCAAGCAGACAGGACUCCCCCUACAGCUCGUGGGCCUAUGUUUCAGAGUCUUCUCCAACUCCUACUGGGGGCACCUGGAUUAUAAGAACUGA